UUUUUUUACAUUUAUUACAAUAUCAUAUCAUCAAACUGCCGUUAACUAGUUCUUAGGUUAAAUAUGGUCAGAAAAAAUAUAUCAACUGUGCGGGUUUAUAAAAAAAAUUGCUGCUGCCUGCUGUUAUGGAAAUGAAAAAACCAGGGAGAUUUAUAGCCCAAAUCACCAAUUUUCCUCCACAUACUAAUUUCUCUUCAUAUCUAAAUGAAAUAAAAUUUAAUGAACCAUCCUUUUUUGUUCAAGAUCAAUUAAUAACCUGUUAUUUUAUCCGUGAAGAAAAUAGAAAUGCAUUUGUCAAUAAAAUUAAAGGUAGAUAUAUUGGCAAGACAAUAUUGACAUUAAGGUCUUUGAAUCCUAAUGUGAAUGAAGAAGAGAAUAACAAAGCCAAAGUGGAAAACAAUGAAAUAAUAAAUUCCUCAUUACUUCUUAAAAGUUUAUCAACUGAUGAUGGUAUUAUAUUGCAAGAAGUUUCACACGAAUCCUUCGCUAAAAUUACUCAUGUUUAUGACCCAUUAACCUUUGCGUGCCAACUCAAAUGCCAAAUUAUCAAAUUGAACUAUAUGGAAACCCAAUUGGCCGACAUAUAUAAAGAAUUGAAAAAAUCAGUUCCCGCCAAAAGUCAAUCGGAUAUCCAAAAUAAUGAGUUGUACAUUUGCGCGGACCACAAUGACUAUCAACGUGGAUUAUGUAUACAAAAUAAUCACCCUGACAUGUGCACAAUGUUUCUUAUUGACUACGGCUACGAAAAAUGUUAUCAUUUCGAUAAAGUUGUACCUUUACCCUCUCAAUUCAAAUCUAACCCCAAAUGUCUCAUCUUCAAAUUGGACAAAGUUAUCGUAAAACCUGAAAAAUAUAAGGAGGCUUUAGCAUUUAUGCAAAAGUAUUUGCGCAAAAUUAUCGGUUACCAAUUUAGACGUCGACAGGAUGGUAUUUACUACGUUAUUGGGAUAGAUGGCAUAUACAACAUUCACGUGCAAAUGAUAAACGAUGACCUUUUGACGUUUGCUCCAAGAUUGAAUAAUCCGUUAUAAAAAAAAUUUUAAAUCACAAUUCCAAUUUUUAUUUUCCCAAAUUUGUCGGUAAUUGAGAUUGCAUUCCAAAAAAAAUAUAUUAUAAUGUGUAUUGUAUUAUAAAUAAAUUGAAAUUAUACUCUGAUUAUAUUGAAUUAUUUGGUUGAUCCUUCCUUGACUUUCAAAUCUAAUGACAAGGUAUUACGAUCUCACAGUAUAUAUAGUAAUGUUUGUAAUACUUAUUGAUAAAAGGAUAUUUUUUAAAUAAACCUAAUUUAAAUUAUAAAAAUUUUCAAUCACACUUUUAUAUUAGACACAUUUUUUUAAAAAAUAGAUUUAUAUGAUAAUUUAAAGAAAAUUAUCUAAUUUUUUGUUGUCAACCAAAAUUCUAAUAUUUAGACU